AUGAAACCGUCCUGGCUGCAGUGUCGCAAAGUCACCGGCGCGGGGGGACUCGGGGCGCCCCUCCCCGGGUCCCCUUCGUCCCGGGGAGCCGGUGCGGCAGCCCGGAGGGCUUUGGUGGCCUCGGGCCCGCGGGCUGGUCUCGGGCCCCGGGGCUGCAGGGCGCUGACCUCGGGCGGCGGUGGCGAGUACAAGACUCACUUCGCAGCCUCGGUGGCAGACCCCGAGAUGUUCUGGGGUAAAGCCGCAGAGCAGAUCAGCUGGUACAAGCCCUGGACCAAAACGCUAGACAACAGACACCCUCCUUCCAGUAGUUGGUUUGUGGAAGGAAUGCUUAACAUUUGCUACAAUGCUGUUGAUCGACACAUUGAAAAUGGUAAAGGGGACAAGAUUGCUAUCAUCUACGACAGUCCUGUUACAAAUACCAAAGCAACUAUUACCUAUAAAGAAGUCCUGGAGCAGGUAUCUAAGCUGGCUGGUGUUUUUGUCAAGCAUGGCAUCCAAAAGGGUGACACCGUGGUCAUCUACAUGCCCAUGAUCCCGCAGGCGAUAUAUACCAUGCUGGCCUGUGCAAGGAUAGGAGCCAUUCACAGUCUCAUAUUUGGGGGAUUUGCAUCUAAGGAACUAAGUACUCGCAUUGAUCAUGCAAAGCCAAAGGUGGUUGUGACAGCAUCAUUUGGUAUUGAACCUGGAAGGAAGGUAGAAUACAUACCACUUCUAGAGGAAGCAUUGAGAAUCGGACAGCAUAAACCAGACAAGGUUCUCAUUUACAGCCGUCCCAAUAUGGAGAGAAUUCCUUUGGUGCCAGGGCGUGAUCUGGACUGGGAAGAAGAGAUGGCAAAAGCCCAAUCACAUGACUGUGUUCCCGUUCUUUCAGAACACCCCCUCUACAUUCUCUACACAUCUGGAACCACUGGGCUGCCUAAGGGUGUGGUGAGGCCCACGGGGGGAUAUGCUGUAAUGCUGAACUGGACAAUGUCUUCUAUAUAUGGCCUUAAACCUGGAGAGGUGUGGUGGGCAGCUUCUGACUUAGGUUGGGUUGUCGGACACUCCUAUAUCUGCUAUGGACCCCUUCUACAUGGCAACACAACAGUUCUAUAUGAGGGAAAGCCUGUGGGAACACCAGAUGCCGGUGCUUAUUUCCGUGUGCUUGCAGAGCAUGGAGUUGCUGCCUUGUUUACAGCGCCAACUGCAAUUAGAGCCAUCCGUCAACAGGACCCUGGGGCAGCCUUGGGGAAGCAGUACUCUCUGACAAGGUUCAAAACACUAUUUGUGGCUGGAGAAAGAUGUGAUGUAGAUACCCUGGAAUGGUCCAAAAAGGUUUUCAGAGUUCCUGUCCUAGACCAUUGGUGGCAAACUGAGACUGGAUCCCCAAUAACAGCAUCAUGUGUUGGAUUAGGGAACUCACAAACUCCUCCACCAGGGCAAGCAGGAAAAUGUGUCCCAGGAUACAAUGUUAUGAUUUUAGAUGACAACAUGCAAAAACUGAAGGCUCGGUGUUUAGGAAAUAUUGUGGUAAAGUUGCCAUUACCACCUGGGGCAUUUUCAGGACUCUGGAAGAAUCAGGAAGCAUUCAAGCAUUUAUACUUUGAAAAAUUUCCUGGUUACUAUGACACGAUGGAUGCUGGUUACAUGGAUGAAGAAGGAUAUUUAUAUGUCAUGUCUCGAGUUGAUGAUGUAAUAAAUGUUGCAGGUCACAGGAUUUCUGCAGGUGCCAUUGAAGAGUCAGUCCUUUCUCAUGGUACUGUAGCUGACUGUGCUGUGGUUGGCAAGGAAGAUCCUUUGAAAGGUCAUGUCCCCUUAGCACUCUGUGUGUUGAAAAGAGAUAUAAAUGUGACAGAAGAACAAGUUUUGGAAGAAAUAGUGAAACAUGUGAGACAGAGCAUUGGCCCUGUGGCUGCUUUUCGAAAUGCGGUUUUUGUCAAGCAGUUACCCAAAACCAGGUCUGGCAAGAUUCCACGAUCUACUCUGACUGCCCUGGUCAAUGGUAAACCAUACAAGGUAACUCCUACAAUCGAAGACCCCAGCAUUUUUGGGCACAUAGAAGAUGUGCUGAAGCAGUCCUCGUGACAUUUUGUUUUCUAUUUUCCAUCUGUUUGAAUUAAUUUUUCUAGUGGUAUUUAAGUUAUGUCUCUGAUAUAAAUGUUUAAAUAGAAAUGACUUGUUCACUGGAAAAAUCUGGGCUACAGAAAUAAGAUGAGGAUUAGCAAAAGUGCUGUGUGUGGUUUUGCAGGAGCCAUUCGUCAUCAUUAUUUCUUUACUGUAAUCAGGCUCAUUAUAUAUGGUCCAACACCUUAUGGAUAUGUAUGGAUCUAUGAGCACUAAAUCUAUGAGCACUAAAAGCACAUUUUAAUUGAAUUUUCAUUGAUGUAUAUUUUCCAAAGUCAAUCAAAAUGUAAAAUUCAAAUCAUCCCAAAAAUAAUUUAAAUGUUUCUUGCAGAAAUUCAUGUUUCCUAAACUCAUAUCAAUUCAUAUGUUUCCUAAAUUUUUUGAUGUUUUCAAUGAAAUUGAGGAUUUGGGCAGUUUUAUGUAUCCACCAGGGCAGCUGAAAUCAUCAUUAGGUAUGAAGACAUGCCCUCCACAAGGACACCAGGGUUAGAGCUCCAUACCAAGAAAGGAAAGUUACACACCUACCAGAGAAAAUAGAGGUCCUACAAACAUUUCUUUGAUGAAGUGAAGGCUGCAAGAAGCUUCCACUCAUUUCUCUGUUGACUGUGGGCUGUGUAUGUCUUGAUGAUUCUCAUAUCUAAUGGAAUCAGAAAAUCACAUACAAAUGGAGUAGAAUGACAAGAAAAAAAAAUGCCUGGAUGAAAUUGCAUACAAAUGAAAUUCAGUAGAGUUGCAAUAAAGGUGCAUAAGGAGAAAGUGAAAGGCUUUCAAUUUAGAUGAACAAUCAAGUUACCUCCUGGAUAAUGUCAAUUAUUGAUAUCAUGUUUUGGACAAGAGCUCUUGUAUUCUGGGCUAGCCUCAAACUUGCUAUGUAGCUGAGGCUGAUUUAGAACACUUGGUCCUCUACCUCUACCUCCUGAGUGACGGUUUUGCCUGCACCAGACUGGACUCAAAAUUAGUAAUUUUUUUUUCUGUUCUUUAGACCAAACCCAGGACCUUAUGCAUACUAGUCAUGCCCUUUACUAUUGAGUUAUGUUCCUAGUACUCAGUGAACUUUGCAUGAGUGCUUUAGCCAUGAGUCCAGGUGACAAUUUCAGGACAAUGGAGAAUGGUAUAAACUAAAAAUCAUAUAACCCAAAAAAGGGCUGCCCAAAUCGGUCCAGUAGAGCAAGACCCAGGGUAGAGACCAGUCCCAUUCUGCAAGAAUCUCUGUUUUUCAGUGAAAACCAAGUCUAUAAUUUUAUAUGAAAUUUCAAAUUUUAAAUGAACACUAGUAUAUUUGAAAUCAUAUCAAACAUAUCUUUCUACUAAAACUUCCAUAAAACUCCCAAUACUUUUUAAAAGAAAUUGGAAAUGGAUAUUUAAUAAAAUCUAAUACAAUACUAAUAUAUCAGUUAGCUCAAAUAAAAGUAGGUGAUUAAUAAUCUUAGAAUUCCAUUAUUCACAAAGUGUAUAUUUAAACCUAAAAUGUGUGCCAUGCCAAUGGAAUCAUUGAUAAUUAUCAAAAAUAUUUUAGUUCGUUGGGAACAUUAUUAUCCAGAACAGAGUACCCUAACACAAUAAUUUAGGCCAUGAAAUAUAGGUGAGAAACAAUGUGUGUGAACUUAUUUCUCAUAAAUGUAAUGUUUGUCUCCCAUUUAGAUAUUUCUAGAAUGUAGACUAUAGGUUCUAAAAUAAAUGGACUCUCAUAUUAGAAUUUUAAUUGAUUAAACUACAUUAUUGUUUAUCAUAAAAUAUACAUUCUUUAGUUAUUUUAGUAUAUUGAAUUAAAUCAACUAAAUAAAAAUUUUAUAAUCUGAAGCUAUUGAGAUGUUUAAACUGUCCUUCCUGUUGAGUAUGUUGUAUCCACUGUCACAACUAUGGUACUUACAAAUAAACAUUGAUAUCUUAGCAUUACAAUAUAUUUUCUUUUGUUUUUCCAUGUAACAGUGAGUUACUGGAAAUGUAACUUCUUUAAGAUGUAUUUUUGCAUAAUGGUUGUGCUCUGGACAACCAUUUUUAAACUAAGUAUCAUUGUUUAUUUGUAAGCUAAGGAUUCAGUCAGAUUCAAAAAUUAUCAAAGUUUAUAUUUUGAUCCUCUUACCCAUAUUUUUUCCUGCUAAUAGAUUUGAAUGGACACUUCAGCAUCAGCUUUGAAUUGUUUCCCAGUUGAGUGAGUCUGCCAAACAAUGCACAGGGCAAAGUCACUACUGAUGUCUGAUUGAAAAAAGUCAUCUCCUUCAGAAGCUCAGAGAAAAUAGUUACUUUCAUGUGAUUGGAAAUGAGGCAAACAUAUAUAUUCCAGUCAUCAGGUGCUUUUAAUUUGACAAGAGAAUUAAGAAAUUGUCUAAGUGUAGCUUAUCAUGAAGCAUUUUGAAUAAAUGAUACCUAUAAUAUUUUGAAAUAAAUGUACAUUUAAAUGCAAAAGUAUAAUUUUGCUAAAAAUGUGAUCAUGGAUAAACAUUUUAAAAUAAAAUCUAUGUGAUCUUU